AUGCGAUCUGGUUUGGACCGGCCCUCAUCGGAGACGCUUGCCGGCUUCACCCUUUUCCUCCAGGAACACCUGGUCGUGAGCAAGGGCUACCCGUUCGAGCGCCACCACGUGACCACGGCCGACGGCUACAUCUUGGAGAUGCACCGCAUUCCCGGCGGCAAACGAAGCUGUCCGGAGCCUUGCCACAGGGAACCUGUGCUCCUGAUGACGGGACUCGGCGCGGACUCCUCGUCUUUCGUCAUGGACUUCCCGGGCCAGUCUAUGGGUCAGGAGAGAUACAUCGAAUCACCGCGUGAAAAGCACAGAUCGUUCAGAGACCGUCGCUUUGCAGGAUUUCUGCUGGCCGACAACGGGUACGACGUGUGGCUGGCCAACACGCGAGGAAACACGUACGGAAAACAGCACGCCAACCUGUCCGUCAAGACCAAACGUUUCUGGGACUUCUCCUUUCACGAGCAUGGCAUCUACGAUGCUCCGGCGCAGAUCGACUAUGUCCUCAAGGAGCGACAGCUCAGCUGUCUUCUUUACGUGGGCAUGUCUCAAGGCACCCUCAUGUUCUUCGUCAUGAUGUCCGAAAGGCCCGAGUACAACGCCAAGGUUAAGGCGUUCGUAGCUUUGGCACCAUUUCGGAAGUUCAACAAGUCACCACUGACGAUCUUCAAAGCUUCACAAGGCACAGAACGACUGCUUAGGCUGGCCGCGUCCGCCAAGCUGGACAAGGUUACUUCCUACGGUGCCAUCAACACGUAUACGGCCAAGGGAGUAUGCGGAAUGCCCGCAAGGGGCGUUUGCGCUGCGGUGGCCGACAAGAUAAUAAACUUCGGCAGCAAGUACGCCAACAUGUCCAGGCUUCCUGUCUAUUUGUGCAGACUUCCUGCCGGCACGUCAAUGAAGAACUUACAGCAUUUUUUGCAGCUCAUGAUUUCUCAGAAACCGCAAAAGUUUGACUACGGCCCAGAGAAGAACACCGUGGUCUACGGGCAGCUGACAGUCACUUUGUAA